AUGUCUGCAGCCCCGCGUCCACCAUUCUUGCCGGGCAGUUUAGAGGAGUUCACUGAACAUGCCGCAACCCACCACUCUGAAUGGUUUCAAUACUGUCGCCUUGCUUAUGAGUAUAUUGAGGAGGCAGAGGCUGCUAUUACUGAAGCAAGAGGACAAGCUGAUCAGACCAGCCUGAAGCUUCAAGCCUCUGAAACGGAAGUGAGCUGCCUGAAGGAAGAACUCUCUGCCCUACACCUCAAACAAGAGAAAAACCAAGCCCGAGACCAGGGAAUCAUUGAAUAUCAGAAGGAACAACUACGGGAAUCACAGCAGAAAUAUCUUGAAGCCUUGAAGGAAAAGGAUGAAGCACUACGCCUAGCAACUCCUGUGGUUAAUACACCUGCCCGAACUCCUGAACCCACUGCUGAAAUACACACAGUUGCUCCGGUGGGAACGCCUGCGUCGGUUGAUCCCCCAUCUACCAGCUCUGCCAGACUCUCUGAACGCCUACCUGACCCAGACCGAUUUGAAGGUGACCGGAAGGAUCUUCGCCGAUUCAUCUCCCAAAUCCAUGAGAAGAUGAAUGUCAACCAUGACCGUUAUCCCACCCCGCAAAGCCGCAUGACCUAUGUUACCAAUCGCCUGAGAGGGGCUCCAUAUGCCCAAGUUCUGCCAUAUAUCAAGAAAGGAAUCUGCCAGUUAAAGGAUUAUGAAGAAAUCCUAAAAAUCCUGGACCGAGCCUUUGGUGACCCAAACCGUGUGAACAAUGCCCGUAAUGAACUGUUCCGCCUGCGCCAAGCCAACAAGGAGUUUGGUAUGUUCUUUGCUGAGUUCCAGCGCCUCGCUCUAGAAGGGGAAAUGUCUGAAGAUGUUCUGCCUACCCUGCUGGAACAAGCUAUCAACCGAGAACUCCGAGGAAUGCUCAUGCAUAAUGAACCCCCAAACCGUGAAUAUCACCAGUUUGCCAAUUUCUUGCAAGACUUGGAAAACCGCCGCCGUCACUAUGAGAAUAACUCUCCACCUGCUGCCCGAACCUAUGCCUCAGCUACAAAACCCACCAACCCUGUCAGACCCACUGAACUCCCUGCUACACUGCAGCCUGCUGAAAACAAUACUGAUGUUAUGGAUCUGUCUUCUGCUCACCGUCAUACAACCUCCCGUCGAGAUCGUGGGGAAUGCUUCCGUUGUGGCUCCAAAAACCACUUGGUCCGAAACUGCCCACUACCUGAUAAUCGCCCUGUGGGAGUCCGCCCAACCUAUCUAUCACCCCAUUCUCACUCCCCUUCAAGCCCAGAACCUACACCUGUGUUGGAACGAUACCGUUCCCCAUCUCCAGACCUGUCAGCAAAAGGAGUGAGUCUGGCCUAA